CCGGCGCCCGAUUUCUGCGGCACUGCCUCGUCCUCCUCUGCCCUCAGCCCCUGUCUUCGUUAGUCCAGCUGCAGAACUCCUGCCGAGUGCUCUCCGGCUCGGCUGCUACUCCUCUCAACUAGGUGAUUUCCUGUUUUAGGAACAGGGGAUGAACAACUCCGGCCUGCUCGAGCGAUUGUGAAAUGGAAGGUACUAGCAUCCCCAUUGAGAUUGAUGCAGAUGCGAUCUGUCUGGAGAAUGUUGGAGGGGAUGAGCAUGAAGCUCAGGAGAACGGAGAUGUGCCAAUCAUCUUUGAUGCUGAAAAUGGGGGCCAAGUGGCUUUUGACAGCCAAGAACAGGGAAAUGAGGAACAUUCUGUGAGAAAUGAAGAAGACCGCGAAAAUAAUUCUGCUGUACCAAGCCGUGAGGACUUCACUGAAGAAUUGCGUAUGAGAGUUGCUUACAGUGAGGAACAAGCUUACAGGCUGUACUGUGACUAUGGGCACAGCAUGGGUUUUAGUGUGCGAAAGGGAAAGCAGUACUACUUUACAGGGACCAAAGUUAUUCGUACAAAAGACUAUUACUGCUCAAAGGAAGGUUUAAAGGAUGAUGAGCAGCUUACCGAGGCAAACUUUAAUAAACCAGAGACCAGAACUAACUGCAAAGCGAUGGUCCGUUUUAGAGUUGAUUCCGAGGGUCAGUGGCGAGUUAUUCAGAUAAUUCCCGAGCAUAAUCAUGAGUUGGUUCCGCCUGAAGAGAUACACUUACUGAGAUCAGUGAGGACCCUUUCAGUUCCAAAACCCGGUGCACUGAAUGCAAUGGUGAAUGCUGAAAUCCAAGCCAUGCAUGACAGUUUGCGUGUGAAUGAUGAUGGUACGGAAUGCCACAGUCAGGUCAGCAUCCAAAGUUGCACAUUGCUUGAACCAGAGGACGCUGAGGCACUUGUAGGUUAUCUGAAGCGCAGAACAAUUGAACCAGGUAUGUUCUAUUGGGAUGUGCAAGUAGACCAAGAAGGCCAAAUGAUUAAUUUUUUCUGGAGGGACGGUAGAAGCCGGGUUGACUAUGACUGUUUUGGGGAUGUUGUGGUAUUUGACACAGCAUAUCGUACCAACAAGUACAAUAUGAUAUGUGCCCCAUUUGUUGGUGUUAACCACCACAUGCAAAAUGUUAUGUUUGGCUGUGCAUUUAUGUUAGAUGAGUCGUUGACGUCCUAUGAAUGGUUACUUAAAUCAUUCUUGGACUCAAUGGGCGGUUGUCCACCUAAAACAAUCUUUACUGAUCAAAAUGACACUAUAUCAAAGGCAAUUGAAGUUGUUCUCCCGGAGACACAUCAUUGUCUUUGUCAAUGGCAUAUCGAAAAGAACCUACAGUCCCAUUCCGAUACUCUAAAUGCUUCUGGAACUUUUCAUAGCAUGUUCAUGAGGUGCAUGAAAGACUGUGAGUCAGAAGCAGAGUUUGAGGAAGCAUGGGCAAUUAUGCUUCAUGAGUAUAAUUUGGAGGAUCACCAGUGGCUCACAGAUCUAUUUGAGCAGAGGCAUAAAUGGUGCACAGCUCUUCACAAGGAUGCAUUUGAUGGUGGUAUUCAAUCACUGGAUCGGAAUUUGAGUUCACACAAUGUGCUGAGCAGCAUUGAUGAUGAGUCAGUUUCACCCGCUAAUUUUGUUCUUGAGUUUGAUAAACUGGUUGGGAGUUGGCGUACAAAUGAAUCUGUAGAGGAUAUUCAAUGCAACCAGAUUUCCCCAGAGUGUACAGUUAAGCAUAACAGUAUUUUGCAACAAGCUGCCGAGGUUUACACACAUAAAGUCUACAAGUCUCUUGAAACAGAGUUUAUAGAGGGAUGCAGAGGGACUUCAUAUCAGGAAAUGCAAUGCAGUGAAACACUGUAUAGGUUUGAGUUUAUUCUGCAGAAUGCCCCAAAAGUUUGGUUAGUUCUCCUUGACACCUCUACCAUGGAAUUGAACUGUAGUUGCAAAAGAUUUGAGACGAUGGGCAUACUCUGUUCACAUGCACUGAAUGCACUUGGUCUCAAGAAUCUUGAUAAAAUUCCAGAAAGAUAUGUUUUAAAGCGGUGGACAAAAUAUGCUAGGAAAGGAACUUAUUUAUUUCCAUGCGACGAGUUUCUGGAACAAGAUUGCGCAGAGGCUGCACUUGCAUAUCGUAACAGAGCUAUGCUGUUUGUUUAUGAUCUGUUGAUGAAGAGCAAAGGUCAUCAGGAUACAAGAAAACUUAUUCUUGACGUGCUUGAAAAUGGAGAAAAAUCAUUAGAAAAUGUAUGCGAACUGAAAAGGAUGCAUAUACAUCCCUCAGGAAAGGACAAAGAUGGAAGUAAGGCUGAGAAGAGAAAGAAAAAAUCAUCUAAGCAAGAUAAAAGUUCAAGAAAUGUUAAACAAGCGGUUUUGCCUCAGCCAGCUGAGUCAGUUUUUGUUGAGCAGCCAAAUCAAAAUGAAUAUUUCGCAACAGAAGAUAUUGCAACAAACUCAUCUACUGGUAGACCUUUCUUCUACCAGGAAUAUUCGACUGCUGGUGUUUCAACAAGUCAGAUUCAGGGGGAUGCAGAUAUGCAGUCCGUGCCUCAGUGUGCACCAGCACCACAGGAUUUUUCAGCAUACGGCGCAGAACAUCCUCCAUCAACAUUUGGCGACGGAAGUAAUUUCUGAAGAAUGCAGUACCAUUGAUGUGUGAAUAUCGCAAGCUAAUAUUUCUUUAACCGGUGUAUGUGCAUGGUGUAUUGACACCUAGCUGUAGUUCCCUGUUUGUAUGCAUCUGCUAAUUGAUGUACCUGAUGUGAUUUGUUAUUCAACUGUUGUAUGGAAUGGAAGUACUGUGCACUAGAAGAUUCGACUGUAUAAGUGUUGUUUUCUGUACCUGCAGGUAAAGUAGCUAUUCACAGAACCUGGAGAAAAAACCAUGGAAUUUGUUAACUUUGCAAAUUGUUAAGGAUUUAAUGGAAAUUCCCUAACCAUCUCUAA